AUGGUCACUAUGGUAAAUUUGAAGCUAAAAUUGAAUCUACAUAUAAAGUAUAAGAAUGCAUUCGAUUUCUUCUUGGGUAAAAUGCCCAAUCAAGUACUCGUAAGUUAUCCAAGUCCAGUCUACAAAAACUUACAGUAUUUCUACUUAGUUCCACUUUCAACAAGGUUGAAAAAUACUCAUGUUGAUACUAUAGUUGAUACUCUCCAGGAAACAACCGGUAAAGGGUCAUCGAUGCAGGGAGCAGAGAAUGAGAAGAGAGGUGCUACACGUUUGACAAAAUUAACUGAUUGCAUUAUGUACUUUUUAUCCUCUAUAUCAUCUGCUUUACUCUAUUUUGGGGUUAUUAUAAUCAAAUCUGCUGAACAGCAAUUAAAAAAUAAGAAGAUCAAAGUUCACAAUAUCAACAUAGAUGGACUACGUGUAACUAGAACUGAUUUAGUACAACCUAAAAUCCACAACGUAUUUGAAGCUGCCACGUUUGAAGAGCUUGUAAAGGAGAUGUAUCUAUCUAAAAAUUAUCUGGAAGACCUAGAUAUUUUUCAUCCGGUCAAUGUCUUUAUUGAUGCUGCUUCAGAUAAGAAAGCUGAUCCGAUAGAAUUAGAUGUUACUUUUCGAGUAAGGGAAUUGAGCCGUUUUUCCGCUCAGUUCAAGACUGAAGUUGGAAAUCAGGAUAGCCGCUUGGUUAUUGGUGGCAAGCUUAGAAACCUCUUUGGACGUGCUGAAGAAUUAAUGGGCAGUAUUGCAUACGGUGCAAAGAAAUCCACAACAUUGCAGAUUAUUACAGAAUUUGGUGCUCAUAGCUUACAUUUCGAUAGUGUAUGGAGAGAGAUUCAGUGCUUAUCAGAUCGAUCAUCCUGGGCUGUACGGGAGGAGUCUGGUCAUUCUUUAAAAUGUUCUAUAAAGCAUGCUUUCAUGCGAGAUACUAGAGAUCAUAGCGUCUCCCCGACCACUGGUCAUUUCAUAAGAUUUGAACAGGAACACGCAGGCCUGGGAAGUCUAGGGGAUACUAAAUUUCAUAGAUUUUUCUUGGAAUGUCAAUAUAACAAAACUUUGCCUUACAACAUAGUCUUUUCUUCUUCCCUAAAUCUUGGACUGUUAGCUUCGGAUGGCCAAUCUAAAAUAAGUGAUAGGUUUUUCCUAGGUGGUCCUUUAUCAAUUCGCGGAUUUCAGAUGAGAGGCAUUGGACCACAUAGUGAAGGCGAUUCCAUCGGUGGCAAUGCACUAUGGGCAUCAGGAUUACAUCUAAUAUCUCCAUUGCCAUUCAAACCGCUUCAAGGUGGAUUUGGUGAACGACUCAGAACACACUUAUUUGUGAAUGCAGGAAAUCUUGGUCAUAUACGCUCAUCUGCUAUCCGCGACUCUACAGAAGAAUUAAUUCGGGGGUAUCGCUGGAGUUACGGUAUUGGAUUGCUGGUUAAAUUAGGUGUUGCACAGUUAGAACUAAACUAUUGCGUACCUUGCAGAGCUCACGCCACUGAUAGAAUUAGUCCAGGUUUUCAAUUCGGUGUUGGGUUAAGCUUUCUUUAA